CUUGUACAUCAUCAACAAUUUAGAUGAUAUAUAGAAAGAUUUUAUUCCGCACAGCACAGCAACAACGAUGACAUUAGCCAUCGUUGGGCACUUAUGCACGGCCAUGGAAGAGCCCAGCAUACAUAUGGCCCAUAUAUAGAACAUUGGGUGGGGCAGCAAUCCCCAAGCACCAGUAAUCAUUAGAGCAUCGGCUUAUCGGCCAACUCAGAGGCUCGAUUCAGAGCUUCAAGCCCAGAUGUCGCAGACACACGACAAUACAGAACCUGCAAUGACAAAUAUCUACCCCAACAACCAGGACUGUGGGCAAAGGUGUAGAUUGGGAAUUACAAUUUUAUUCCGUUUUUCGUGCGGAAUUCUGGCGCCAACAUAUCCGCUUAAUCUCUGGCCAAGAGCUGUGGAUUUUAUGAAGGAAACGGUAUCCUAGCUGGCUGGAUUCCUCAACAUCGCCGCAAACAUUGCGGAUUUGCUAGACAUAUGAGCACCUCAAGGUAAAUAGUCUUGAGCGAGGAGCAUAGCAACUUUGCCAGUCUUGAGAGCUGAGAGUAGAUGGGUGCAUCCUCCACAUAACCAGGCAAUAAACAGAGAAUGGUUCUAUCACAAACCUUUGUCUCUCAAUAUCAACUAUGGUCCAUUCGACCAGCGUCAUCUCCACAAUGGGGUGUGGUUUAGUAAUAAACAUGACGUGAUCACCA